GCCAGGACGCCGGUUACUCCGGGGCUGGGCGUGAAGCACCGAGCACCGCUACCGGAGCUGGGAGACCUCGCGGUGACCCUCAUCCCGUCCCCGCUGCCCCGGCCACCCACGGACCAUGAACGUGCUGGCUCCGGUCCGCAGGGACAGGGUCAUCGCCGACCUGCCCGCGUGUCAUCGGAAGGAGGCCGCCCUGCACACCCGCCGCGCCUUCCACCCCACCGUGGCCAGCGCCUGCCAGGAGCAGCGGACGGGCACUGUGGGGUUCAAGAUUUCCAAGAUCAUCGUGGUGGGCGACCUGUCGGUGGGGAAGACCUGCCUGAUCAACCGGUUUUGCAAGGACACUUUUGACAAGAACUACAAGGCGACCAUCGGGGUGGAUUUCGAGAUGGAGCGGUUCGAGGUGCUGGGCGUGCCCUUCAGCCUGCAGCUGUGGGACACGGCCGGCCAGGAGCGCUUCAAGUGCAUCGCCUCCACCUACUACCGGGGAGCACAGGCCAUUGUGAUUGUCUUCGAUGUCAACGAUGUGGGGUCCCUGGAGCACACGCGGCAGUGGCUGGCUGACGCCUUGAAGGAGAACGACCCGUCCAACGUGAUCCUCUUCUUGGUGGGCUCCAAGAAGGAUCUGAGCACGCCAGCACAGUACAGCCUGAUGGAGAAGGACGCUCUCAAGGUGGCCCAGGAGAUGCAGGCGGAGUACUGGGCUGUGUCCUCACUCACUGGGGAGAACGUGCGGGAUUUCUUCUUCCGAGUGGCAGCUCUGACCUUUGAGAGCAGCGUGCUGGCCGAGCUGGAGCGUGGCAACAACACCCGCAGGAUCGGCGACACCGUGCGGAUCAGCAGCAACGAGAGCGACCUGUACCUGUCGACGCCCCGCAAGAAACCCAAGUGCUGCCAGUGAGGGGGCAGCCCCCAGCCCCCUCCACGCUCACACCUCUGGACCAAAGAGGGGCGACCCCGGCCGGCCCCGAGGAGCCGUCCCUGCCACCCCCAGCCCCCCUGGCCCCUCGCCUGCCCGGGCACCCCUGGCUGGGGCAGGCAGGGGCACC